AUGUGUAGAUGUCUGCCAAUGGAGAGGCAUACAAAGAACAACCUCACAGAAUUGCCAGGACCAUUCUUAUCUCUCACUUCUUUCCCAUUCAUGUAUAAACUGCUAGAAACCAUGGAGAGUUCAAAGAGAGCAUUAGAACUUGAUCCUGAAAAGGAAGUGAAGAGGAUAAGAGUCACCUCUGAGGUGAUUGAAGAUUGUUUGAAAAAAGAUGCCACUCUCCCCUCUGAGCUGGAUGAAGGAAAGGAAUCAGUCAAAUCUCAUGAUAACAAGUCUUCAGAAUUAGAGGGGGACAAAGCUGUAGUUUGGAUAAAAGAAGAUGAUGUUGGCAUCUCAGCAUUCCUUGGGGACCAUCCAGGAUUCAUGGCUUUCAUCAAGCAGAGGUUGUGUCCUUCGGCAUACAACCGUAUAUUAUUACAGCCCUGGUGCUCUCCAGCCAUGAACCAGCCCUACCCUCUUACUAAGGAGCAAGUUCGCCUGCUUCUUCUUUAUGACUUCCGAAUCAAGAAGAAGGCAGCCAAUUCCAUCGCUGACAUCAAUACCGCGUUUGGCCCGGACACUGUGUCCAAGAGCACUGCCUAUGAUUGGUACAGUCGCUUCCAGAAAGGAAAUGAAAGCCUGGAAGACCAGCCACGCACCGGUCGUCCUUCGGAGUUUGAUAACUCUGCCUUGCAGGAGGCACUGGAGGCCAACAACCGGCAAACAUCGCGAGAGCUUGCGGACUUGCUGGGUGUCUCCCAUACAACUAUCCUUCAUCAUCUGGCUGAGCUUGGCAAGAAGGCAAAGAUAUCUGAUUUUCAAGUUUAUGAGCAGCAAGUGGAUGGGAAGAUUGUGCAUCUCACGGAUUUGAAUCCUCCUGAAGAUAUGGAAGAUGAAUCCCCUCUGGAAGGGCAAGAUGUUUCAUCUGCUUUUCCAAAAGCUGCCUGGGAUGAAAUCCAGAAAGUUGCACAAGGGAAUCUGAAGAGCUUCCAUCUUUCAGUGGAAGGCAUUGACAAGGAAGCCAGAAAGACAAUGCAUCUUGCCAUCAAGCAAUGCCAUGCAAACCUGGAAACAAAGACUGAAGAUAUAGAUGGUAUCAAAUCCUUGACUGUGGAACUGAAGAACAGUAAUAGUAGAAAGGAUCAUGGACGCUGGAAGAGGAACCGUCCCAAACAUACCCACUUCUACUUAUACAAAGAGAACAUAGAUACAGUGAAUGCUGUUCGUCGAAUUGCUUCCAUGCUGAGGACCAAAGAGAAGCAUUUUGGGUAUGCAGGCGUGAAGGAUAAGCGAGGAAAGACAGUGCAGACUAUGUCUGUGGCCCAUAUUACAGCUGAGCGGCUUGCUGCUAUCUCCAAAGGACUUCAGAAUAUGACUCUGGGGAAUUAUUCUUAUAAAACUCAACCUAUUCUUCUUGGAGACCUUCAGGGUAACCAAUUCCACAUCAUCCUCAGGGAAGUACAAGGUGAGAAAGACAUUGUGGAAUCAUCUCUGCAAUCUCUAAAAAAUAACGGAUUCAUCAACUAUUUUGGGAUGCAGCGUUUUGGCUCCACAGAGAUUCCAACACAUGAAGUUGGAAAGGCAAUCCUCUCUAGCAACUGGAAGGAGGCAGUGGAACUUAUCUUGAAACCACGCAAUAGCCCGAGAAAUGACCAUUUCAUGGAAUUGAACCAAGCCAGAAAGACUUGGUGGGAAACAAGGGAUGCCAAAAAAGCAUUAGAAGCAUUGAAGUCCAAGAAGUACCAGGCAUCUCUUGAAGGGUCUCUCCUUGGAAGCCUUGCCAAGGAACCCAAUAAUUAUUUUGGUGCUCUUGACAAGUUGCCUCGGCACAUGAGAUUGAUGUAUGCUCAUGCAUAUCAGAGCUAUGUAUGGAAUGUGGUUGUGACUCAACGAUUUCAACAUUACCAUGACCAAGUCUUGCCUGGAGAUCUCAUCUGUUUGGAUUCAUCUGAACCUUCUCCUCCUCUUGAUGAAGGGGCUAUGGAAGUGGAGAGGGAAGAGCAGGAAAUGAACAGGAAGAAGUGGAAGAAGCCAAAGGUGAGGUAUGUGGAGGAAGUUGAGGCAGUGAGAACUCCCAUCACAUCAGUUGUUUUCCCUCUGCCUGGAUCUGAGGUCCUGUAUCCCAACAAUGACAUGCACACCUGGCUACAGGAGACUCUCGCCAAGGAUGGCUUUUCCCUUGAUGCCUUCCGAGGGACCAUCCAUGAGAAGUAUCACUUGACAGGAGCUUAUCGUGCAUUAGUGGUGAAGCCACAGGGUUUUCAGUGGGAACAUAUAUCAUAUCAUGAAGCAGAUGCCAAUCUUCUCCUCUCUGACUUGGAUCGAUUACGAGGGAGGUCUCUGGCAUAUCAAGGGGGAGAGAGGAGAGGGUUGGUAUUGAGAAUGACUUUACGCUCUUCCUCAUAUGCAACAGUGGCCUUGCGGGAGCUGACAAAACGAUCCAGCCUCCUCACUCAACAGCGCCUUGCACUCACUCCAACAAAAUCUCUCCUUCCUGAGUCUGGGCAUGCAACCAUCAUUCAUCAUGAUUGAUUGUCAUCCUGUGAAUAUGACCAAUACAUGAUUUCAUAAGACUGAGCUAUCCUGAUGAUGGAAUCCCCAAGACAUUGCAAAUUUUGCAUCUUGAUUAAGUCCCAAUGUGAAUGGAUGAGGCAUUGCAGAUGAAAAGGAAUACAAUAAGUCUGUAUAAAAGUCUGCUUAUGAAAAAAGUGCAAACAAAAAGCCUGUUUUCCCAUGAGGAGGACUAGCCAAAUUGGAGGGAAUGCAAGACAUCUUCCUUUUACAUUCUUGCAGAGUCCUAUUGAGCCAGGUUGGAGCUUGUGUGUGAUGAAUAAUUGGCUUUGGGCAGGGUCAGAGACUUCAGGGAGGUGGGACAUAGUUGAGAUAGGGUGAUGGUGAUGGUGAUAGGUGAUAAUAGUUUAUGUCGUGUGUCAUGGAUGAAACAGAAGGGACACUAUUUGACUCUGAGCUCUUGCCUUUAGAUAGAGGAAGAGGAAAUGAAUCCUCCACCGCUUUGCAUGAAACUAUGGAUGAAUGAUGGGCGC